CGACCUUAAGAUUACUUAAACAACAUAAUUUUACUGAUUAUGAAUUUUAUAAAGAUAUAUCAUUCAAUAUAGCGUUAUACGUUUUAUAUUGCAGAAAAAGAUGAAGAAGAAAGCUACCCGAAGUAAUAACUCAGACAAUAGUCGGGAAGCACCGAAACCAGCUACCACAGCUUUGAUACCUAAACGGCAGAGGCGUCUUAUCAUAUCUCCAAAACCUAAUUACAGUCUUAACUUGUGGGGCAUCAUGAAAAACUGUAUAGGAAAAGAACUUAGUAAAAUUCCAAUGCCAGUGAAUUUCAGUGAACCUUUAUCCAUGUUACAAAGAAUUACGGAAGAUUUUGAAUACGCGUCGUUGUUAGACGAGGCGGCGGAGUGCGAAGAUUCCACGGAACAGUUAGCAUAUGUCACAGUGUUUACUAUAUCCUCAUAUUCAACUACUAUAAAUAGAACUACUAAACCUUUUAAUCCAUUACUCGGUGAAACAUAUGAAUGUGAUAGAACGGAUGAUUUAGGCUGGCGUUCAUUAGCGGAACAGGUUAGUCACCAUCCGCCUACUGCUGCCCUCUGUACGGAGGGUAAAAACUGGAGAUUGUGGCAGGAAUUCACAAUGGGCAGUAAAUUUAGAGGAAAAUAUCUUCAAAUUAUACCUACGGGUAUCGCACAUCUCGUCUUUGAAAAAUCUGGAAAUCACUACACGUGGCGUAAAGUGACAACAACUGUGCAUAAUAUAAUAGUGGGUAAACUAUGGGUAGAUCACCAUGGUGAAAUGGACAUUAAAAAUCAUAAAACUGGUGAUAACUGUCACCUCAAGUAUUACCCAUAUAGCUACUUCUCCAGAGACAAACCCAGAAAGGUAACAGGAGUUGUAACAGAUUCUAGUGAUGCAGCUAAGUGGGUUAUAACAGGAACUUGGGAUACACAGAUGGAAAUUGCUCAAGUUUUACAAGUCGACGAGUCAUCUAAAAGACCUGUGUUUCAAACAGGCCCUAAAAGAGUUUUAUGGACACGGGUGUUACCUCCGCCAGGGUCAGAUAAGAUGUACUUUUUUACACAACUUGCAAUACAAUUGAACGAGCCAGAGGACGAUGUAGCGCCGACAGAUUCACGGAGACGACCCGACGAGAGAUUAAUGGAGGACGGAAACUGGGAUGAGGCUAACAGGGUCAAAGUUCAACUGGAGGAGAAACAGAGAGCAAAGAGAAAAAAGAUGGAGGCCGAGGCCGAGGAUUGUCUUAAGAGAGGUGAAGAGCCACCUUGUCAUAGACCGAUGUGGUUCAAGAGAGAGAAGGACGAGAUCACGGGAGAAAUGAUAUUUAAGUCGACAGACAAGUACUGGACGUGUAAAGAGAACUCCGAAUGGACGGGAUGUCCGGAUAUAUAUCUGUGAUAAAUCAGAUUCCUCUAUGCUGAUAUAUAAACUAAUGAACGCGAUUUGUUAUUUAUUAUGUGAUUUUGUUAGCCCCCAAAUCCUUUCCUUCUAUCCGAUCCCCUCCUUUCCCGCCUUUUUUCUUAAGGGCAUACAGGCAAUAUAUAUGUGGGAGGGGGAGGAUAGGUGUGGACGCUGGAAGGACCUUUUUUGAUCGGAACAAGAUCACUUGUUCAUGCAAGCACGAUGAUGUAGAAGUAAUUACUGCACUUUGGACAUUUAUAGAAUUAUGUUGAUUCAAAUUUUGAAUAUCAGAAUUGAUAAUUUUUCACAAAAAAUUUCAUGGUUACAUUUGUAAACUAAAAUUAAAUCUUUAAAAAUUAAUAAUCAUACAUUUGUCUGAAAUGUAAAACAGAAUAAAAAGUUAAAAUUAAGCUUCAAAAAUUUGAAUCUACAAAGAUUUGUGAUCUUUUAAUAGAUAAUUGCUUGGAUUCUUCUGUGUUGAAUCAGUGAAACUGUUUGAUUGGGGUUUUAAACUUGGGAGUCUUUUGUUAUUUUAUUCUGAAUACUUACUGUGACAAUGUGUUACCUAUGCUGUCAUUAUACAGUUGGGCAAACCAUCACACACAUACUGAUAUCUGAUGACAUUUGGUGUUCUGACAUUAAAAUACCUACAAUGGACUGUCCCAAAAAUCAGAGCAAGGGUUAAAAGGGUUAAAUUUUAGUUUAUAAAUGCAACCUUAAAUGUCAUGAAAUACAAGUGCACAUUGAAUGUCAAGAUAAAGUUAUUGCAUUGUUGAAUGUCAAGAUAAAGAUGUUUUGUUUUUUUAAUGUCAAGAUAAGGUUAUUGAGUGCUUGAAUGUUGAGAUAAAGUUAAAGAACAUUUGAAUGUCAAGAUCUAUAAUUUUUGAAUGUCAAGAUAAAGGAAUAGAUUUUUUUGAAUGUCAAGAUUAAGUUAUAGAGCAUUUCAAUGUCAAGAUAUUGUUGAGUUGACUUGAUGAAGAUCAUCAUUUUUUCAAGAAAAUUGAAAAUGGAAAAAAAUUGGAAAAUUAAGAGAAGUUUUUGUUAUAGAAAACUUACUUUUAAAGAUGAGGAAAUGUGGUUUAUCUGUUGUGUUAUUUAUGUUUCAAACCUGGGUCCAAUACACAGAGAAGAGUAUAGUCAUUGUAGACAGAAACAAAGUACAAUAUUGAUAAAAUGAUAUGGUUUGAAACUGUGGUUUAUACUAAACUUUUGUUGUAAAGUUUUAGGAAAGAUUAGAUCCUGGUUUCAUAAAAUGACAGGGUUUGAAGAUUUUUGAACAUUACUGUACUACAAAAUGACCGAAGAUUUAGGCAUGUUUUGUAAUAUAGAACUGUCCGUUACUAAGUGUUGCAUUGUUUUGAAUAGUUGGGUACAAAUAUUCAGUCAAAUUUUUUAUCAUUGUAACUUUACCCCUUAACCUGCUGAAAUGGACUUGUCCAGCUUUUUCAAUUACUUUGGAAGUGUCCAUUAUCAAUUAUGGGGAAAUCAAGAUGAAAAUUU